CUGGCUCAAUGUCAUCUGGAAAAUGGCAGUGCGAUGGAGCAGCGAGCAAGUCGUUGCGGAGUACAAAGAUCUGCAGGCCAAUGCUAUGGCUGUGGAUUGUUUGGGGCAAUAUGCUUUGCUAGCUGGGAGGCGAACGCUAGCUCUCGUUGAUUUAUCACACCCAACAGAAAAUGUAAUCAAAGUGAACCGACAGAGCAAAUGGGAUGUAAACUGUAUACAGUACAACCCACAUGCUUGUCAAGCAGAAACUUAUGUCACUGCUAGUAACCAAAGACUAGAUGUCUCAUCCUGGGUAAAUGGCGGCAUCACCAACAAGUGUUCUCUGAAGGCUCACACUCGCACUGUCAGUGAUGUGGACUGGUCACCCUUUGAUGUUAAUGUUAUUGCUUCGUGUUCUGUUGAUACCUUCAUCUACCUCUGGGAUAUACGUGAUCCCAAAAAGCCAACAUCCUCUUUUCAAGCAGUUGCUGGUGCCUACCAAGUGAAGUGGAACAAAGUCACAAACAAUCUGUUCGCAACCACCCAUGAAGGAGACCUCAGGAUUUGGGACCCAAGGAAGGGGAACCAGCCUCUACAGUAUAUAACAGCUCACUUGUCGAAGAUCCACGGUUUGGACUGGAGUCCUCGCAGUCAGUAUCAUCUGGUGACUGCUAGCCAGGACUGCUUCGUCAGGUUCUGGGAUUGCACCAAUCCACGACACAGUGAAACCAUGCUGAAAACGAAUGCGCCAGUGUGGAGAGCUAGAUAUACGCCUUUUGGUGAUGGACUGGUGACAGUUGUGGUUCCCCAGCUGAAACCCGUGGAGAAUCGUCUGUAUCUGUGGUACAACGGAAACCUCUCCAUGCCCAUGCACACAUUCCUGGGCCACAAAGAUGUUGUGCUCGAAUUUCAGUGGAGGAAGAUGGCUGACGGAUUCCGAGACAGGUUGCUUGUUACGUGGUCACGUGAUCAAAGUCUCCGUAUCUGGAAGAUUGAUCCAAAUCUACAAGAGCUCUGUGGUCAUAAUCCGGUUGGAGACUUGAAUACUGAAUCGAGUGAUGGCCAGGAUUCUGUCAGUAAGAGUGCCGAUAGCCACGUUGUAGCGGAAGAGGCGAAGCUGCAAACCGAGGUUGCCAUGACGUCCCACAAGCCACAGACCCUGCAGCAAGAGUUCUCCCUCAUCAAUAAGAACAUCAACAACGUCACAAUCGAAGAGAUGGACGCCAUCAACAGAACGUGCAAGGUGACGGCGCGCAGUGGAAACCAUGUGGUUAGCGUGAACCUGACAUUCCCCACCAACUAUCCCAAUGGAACGCCUCCUUCUUUCCAGUUCCUACACACCACGCUGGAGUCCUCCCAGCAGAAACAACUCAUCCGGGUGUUGACGAGUACAUCACAGAAGCAGGUACAGAGGAAGAUGAAUUGUCUGGAGCCAUGUCUUCGCCAGUUGAUAGCUGCACUUGAUGACAUGACGAAGUUGGAAAGAAAGUCUCCCGAUUCUGUCGCCUCAUUCAACAUUCAACAGAGCCCAGCAGUUAUUCCAUCUGCCAACUUCCUACCUAUGUACAGUAUUAGCAGCUUCCAAGAUUCCAGUGUUCCCUUUCCCCGGACUAGUGGUGCUAGAUUCUGUUCUGUCGGCAAAUUAGUUGUGUUUCAGCGUCCAGCAGAAAUGAAGAAAAUAGCAAGUGGCGAGGAAGUGACCCCAAAGUCAUUGUCAGAGUUGACCGUAUACGGGGAGGGCACCAGGAUCAAGUCUGCGCAGGUGCUUUUCUCACAGAGUCCGCCGUCAACCAGCGCCGACUCAUUCUCAGUCAGUGAUUUCUACACUUACAAAGAAAAGAAGCCUCGUUCAAGAAGUAAGACAAAAUUGCGUGAAGCUUCUGAAACUAAAUUACGUGAUGCUGACAAAUCGAGCAAAAAGCCGACGAAAGCGGGUCCAUUGAAGAUUUAUGACAUGUCCUGUCUGUUACCAGUCAACCGACAACUGGCAGAAAAUUACAUCCUUGAUCUGUACGACAUUCCCAAGAUGUGUAGUCACAACGCAGCAGCGGCAGCGGCAGUUGGUAGGAAAGAUUUAUCUCAGAUUUGGUCUCAGGUGUCUGUGAUGUCCAGUAAAGAAUUACUGGCGGAUGAUGACCCCGACAAAGGUCCUCCCUGGGCCAGCUUACAGUUCGGCAGACCACUGCUGAAAGACAUACUGGACCACUACACCUCAUUGUUUGACGUGCAGACACUGGCCAUGCUGUGCUGUGUCUUCUGGCAGAAAGAUGACUCGCCGAAACCCUCUCAGAGAACGUCGUCCAAGAGUUCCAUGGACUACGUGCCUGCCAAUACCGAUGCUAACAUUACGUACUAUCUCGGGAGUAGCACAGACAGUGGCUGGAGUUUGCUGCAAGGCCACACCCAUCCUUCAGCCCCUACCAACACGGGGGCAGGGCCCAUGUCAGAAGUAGCCUCCCACCCCAACCUCUAUGCACUCUUCAAACAUCAAGUGAUGAAGAACAAGCGGUCUAACAGCUGGUCGGAGAGUUAUGACAAUGACUACCAGAUGUGUGAGGAGAAGGAUCCGGCGGAACGAGCUGCCGAGAAGGAGAGAGAGGCACACCGACUUCAGUGGAGGAUGCUGGAUCCUGCCUACAGUAAUCAGUAUGAUAUUUUCAAGAAGGUGUACGCCAGUCUUCUCUACUACUGGGGUCUGCCGAACAAGUCGGCUCACAUCCUCAAAUACACAGCGGGUGCUCCCGACCCACACAAGGGAAUAGAUUUUGCGGUUAUUUGUCACCGGUGCUCACAUGAAGUCCGAGAAACAAAGUGUCGCAAUUGUACCUACACAGCUUUACGGUGCGCUAUUUGUCACAUGGGUGUCCGAGGUUCAGCUAACUUCUGUGUAGCAUGUGGACAUGGGGGUCACGCGAAACAUAUCAGGGACUGGUUCCAAAAUGAGGCUGUGUGUCCUACAGGAUGUGGAUGCAAUUGUUUAACAGUGCAGCUAAUUUCAGUUUAGCGUGAAAACAGGGGACUUGUUUCAGCUAGAGGCUGUGUGUCCAACAGGAAGUGAAUGUAUCAGUUGUUGUGUUCAACAGGAAGUGAAUGUACCAGUUGUUGUGUCCAACAGGAAGUGAAUGUAACAGUUGUUGUGUCCAACAGGAAGUGAAUGUAACAGUUGUUGUGUCCAACAGGAAGUGAAUGUACCAGUUGUGUCCAACAGGAAGUGAAUGUACCAGUUGUUGUGUCCAACAGGAAGUGAAUGUACCAGUUGUUGCGUCCAACAGGAAGUGAAUGUACCAGUUGUUGUAAAGAUUGCAACAAUGACCUGUAACGUGCCGUGAGAUUGGGGGCGGACAAAGUGUACAGCCCCUGGUCUUCUGGGUUGGGUUGCGGCAGUUGCAGACAUGCCAUGUCUGGCUGGUCACAAGACAGAGUGGUGGACUUGAAGACAUUUGAUUUUCUUUGGUGAUAAAAAAAUGUUAAUGAACAAAAUAGCCAUGACUGGGUGCAUUUUAUCUUAUGAACAGUUUUUUUUUUUGUUAAUACAUUAUGUAAUUGUUGCCAAACUUUUGUUGCAUUAAUAGUGCUUUAAAAUUUUAGCCUAUAGUCCAUCCCACAGAGAACGCCUUUUUUCAUACUAUGGAAUUUACUCAUUUACAAGUUAUUUAUUUUUGAGCUGAUCGAUUUCUAAAUUGCACACAAAAAUAGUAUAUUUGUGUUGUUUCCAAAACACUUUUACUUUUCUUUUUACAUAAAACCAAACUGACAUUAUUUAGUAAAAACAUUUUGUAGGAAGAUGGGACGGACUGAAGACUUAAAUUUCUAAUUACCUCAUAUGCAUACAUUUUGUAUGCAGUUUCCAUGGCGUUAAAGACUCGGACUCUAAUAUAGUCUUAGGUCUAGACUACAGACGUUUUAUAAGCAGAGGGCCAGGUAUUUAACUUGAGAGAGAAUUUCACUGAAUCUCAACAUUUCUGUGUAUUCAGUUUGUCACCAAGCUCCGCCGUUGUGUUCACUGGAGGUUUGUGAGAACCCAAUUUGCAAGGUGUACAAACUAAAGUCUGGGCUGAAUUUAUGAAGUCUGUUUUUCUUGAACACCAGUGACUGAUCAUUGUAGAUGUAUAUAGUUACAUGUGCAUAACACAUAAACAGGCUUUGUGAAUUCGGGCCAUUGGGUUUUCCAUUUCCUUUAAAAUGUCCAUUAGUAAAUAUAUAGCUUAUUUUAGAAUGGAUUUUAUUAAACCAUUCCAGCACUGUGAUAUAAAGGAUACUUUUCUUUAGUCAGUAAUAUUUAUACAGUUCAGUCAGUAAUAUUUAUUCAGUUCAGUAAUUGUCAAACUGUUAUAUUGUUUUUCCAUUUAGUCACAGACCCUAGUUUCAACCCAUUAAAAUAGACACUAAGUUUCAUUAAUCUACAAACCUGUCACACAUUUGGAAUUAAGACUGUGAUGUUGAAAUGGCGAAAUGCUUUUGAAAUUUACUACAGCUCGUUUCCAUAGCCAUUCCUUCUCAGAGAUGUGUGCUAUUUUUAAAAUAUGAAAAAUGCAUUUUGUGUUAUUAGAAACACUAGGAUGACCAAGAACAUUUUAGAUGUAUGGAAAUUGAUAAUCUAAACAAUAAAAUGUAAGUAAUAUCAGAGUUUAAAAUAUUAAUAAUGGCUCCAAUAGUGAAAAAUAUGUUGGAGUUUAAAAAAACUAGGGUCUGUCACUUUAAUCGAGUCCCUCUGCAUUCACAUCAUCUAGUGACAAAACUGAAAAUUAAAUAGUGGAUCUUUCUAGGCCGAUUUACCUUUCGUUUCACUGUGGCUUCCACACAUUGAAGGAUUAUUUUCAGAAUUACUUUCCAAGCGCCUAUGUAUCGUUGUCAAGGUAAUAAAAAAUAUGUACUGUUAUGUUUUAAUGAUGUCCAAGUAUUAUGUAUACAUUGUAAAAUGGAUACACUGUAAUAUAUUUUAUUAUGUGCAAUAUGGUCACAUUUCCAAAACGUUGUCCUUGUUUAAUGCAUUUGGAAUAAAUGCCUAUAAAAUUGA